AUGCCCUCAUUCAACCCAUUUUCGACCGUCACGGGCAAGCAUGCUGCUUCGCUCUUUGAGAUCAGAUUAGACAAUGACUUCAUUGUGUUUCGCGGAGGAGAAGACGAGUCUGCCGGUCAGGUUCUCAAGGGCGUGGUUGUGCUGUGUCUGCCUACGCCGCUGAAGAUUGAGGACGUCCACCUCCGAUUGACCGGCACCCACCGACUAUCGUGGGAUUAUUCCAAAACGGCCGCGUCCGGCGUUUCUAGCCAAAAGGUCGACAAGACCACCACCCUGCUCCAACAUCGCUGGGCUCCGUUCGUCGGCGGCUCCGGUGGCAAGAACACCGUUCUGCCGGCCGGCAAUUAUGAGUGGCCGUUCGAGUACACGUUGCCAGGCAACACGCCCGAGAGCGUCGAAGGCAUCCCUGAAGCGAGCAUUACAUACAAGCUCAAGGCUACUGUCGCCCGCGGCAAACUUGCCUACGAUCUGCACGCUUACAAGGCGCUGCGCAUCAUCCGCACCCUCGAACCCGCCGCACUCGAAUUUCUGCACGCCAUGAGCGUCGAGAACAUCUGGCCAAACAAGGUUGACUACUCCAUCAUCAUUCCGCAAAAGGCCGUCGUUUUCGGGGCCACUGUCCCGCUUCAGAUGCGAUUCACACCCUUGCUGAAGGGCCUCGAAAUGGGAGACAUCACCGUCAAGAUGUUGGAAAUCCGCGAAUGCACAUUACAAGGCCCCACGGGCAACAUUUUCAAGGAGCACCGGACUGAACGAGAAGUUUCCAACUGGAAGUUCGACGUCGACCGAGACGAGCACUGGCACGACACCAUCGAAGACACUGGGCAGGAAGGAUGGUUGGUGGAGAAGAAGCUGAAUUUGCCCAAGAGACUGCGGCAAUGUGUCCAGGAUCUCAACCACAACGGCAUCAAAGUUCGCCACAAACUCAAGCUCGUUGUCGCCCUGAAGAACCCGGAUGGGCAUAUUUCUGAGCUGCGCGCUACUUUGCCUGUCUCGAUCUUCAUUUCUCCUAAUAUGCCACUUGAUGAACAUGGAGUUCUCGUCGACCAGGCCCCUGGUGCACCCGCCCAGGCCGAGAUCACCAGGAUUGCGCCGCCUGGUUACGGCGAGCACGUCCUCGACCAGCUGUACGAAGACGUCGAUAUGAGCGGUUUUCAGACCCCGGGUUUCCAGACUCCGGGUAUGCAGACCCCGGGCGUCCAGUCUGGUUUCAGCAGCCCCUUCUACGCCCAGUCUCGCGCUGGCUCGUCAGAGAACCUUGCGUCUUUUGCCAUGAUGAAUGGCCAUGGUGUCGCCCCUGCCGCUCUCUCGUCACGCUUGCAGAACGUCUCUCUUGACCCGACGCAUCGCAACACUUCUUUCAAUUCAUUGAACGCCAUUACGGAGGAUGUAGCCGCUCCGACAUCCGUGCCCACAGGGGCAAGUUCGCAGUCACAUUCGACUGCUUUGACGCGUCAGAACAGCGCCGAAGACCACCCCAACUCGCACUCGUCAGGUCGUGCUUCGCCGGAACAUCUCGACUUUCCCGACAUGGCAACAUUGAGCAAGGUGCCUAGUUACACGACGGCAGUCAAGACACCUCUCCGACGGGGUGCAGGUAGUAGCGAUGCGCUCCCAGAUUACUUCUCCGCAAUGAGCGCUCCGAACACACCUCCGGCGAGCGAAGUUCCCAUUGCCGACCCGCUUAGUAUGAUUCCAGAAUCCCAUGAGGGUGCUGGAAGCGAGCCCACAUCACCGGGCGGCUCUCACCGCUCAUGGCAUCGCCCCGCGAGCAUGAGCAAUAUGCUCCAGGCCGUUCAAAGCAACGAUGACCGUCGACUACAUCUUAUUCAAGGACGGGAGAGGGUGUACUGA